AUGCCUCGUCCCCGUCGUUCGCCUCCCACUGCUCUCCGUCUCAUUCCUGGUGUUCCAGCUCGGAGUUUCAGACGGCACGCACUUCCCUCUGUUCCGGUGCCGGCAUUCCAUCCAAGCAUGCCGAUGUUCGAGGCUACCUCCAUGGUCCAAGGGCCUGUCCCCCGACCUCGUUCCAGGCAUAACAGCAUAGAAAACCCUCCGAACGCGGCACUUAUUCACAACCAACAAUCCCUUCCUAUCCCCUCUCCGCCGUCACGCCUGCCCUUGGCGGCUGUCUCGCUCUCCGACUGCGAGGCGUUCGCGCACCCCUACCCAUACGUGCCGUCGAACAACUCAAGCACGUCGUCGUUGAGCUCGCUUUCGAACUCCUCGUUCGCGUCGUUGUCGAAGGCCAACUUGCACGAUCGCGAUGCAGCAGGCAGGAGCCGCUCCAGCUCCAAUGCGAGCAUGUCUUCGACUUCUAGUGGAGGGGGUUCACCACGGGUCUUGCGAGGUCCUUGGGAUCACUCAGGGUGUAUACAACUCCCCUUUAACGUGGAAGAGAUCUUGAGGGCGCCAGAGCCUGUCGCAAUCAGCCCUGGUGGCAUGCGAUAG